GUUACUAGCGGUCCAAUGUGCGUUGGAGGGACUGAUGCACUGGAGAGGAUAGAACAGAUCUAUGUGAACAUAAGGAUCAGGAUCGGGAAAAUCUCUCACAAGAAAUCCGAUUGCGGAUUUCCCUAGGUGGAUUUUUGGCUAUUGACUACAUCAUUACUUCAUUCUGAUAUACGCGUACUAUACACAUAAAUGAUUGGUAGAAGACUAGGAAAGGAUAGGUAGAAGACUAGGAAAGGGAAGGGAGGUUGUGAGGAGGUUUCUUCAUUCUUGUAGGACAUGAGGAGUCUACAUUAAGGAAUAAAUAUGACAGAAUUAUUUGGUAAGUUCUUGUGAAAAUUAUCAGGGUUUCUUCCGAUUGUAUAUAUGUAUGGCUUUAAAGACACUUUAGGGUGACAGUGGAGCUGAAAUCAAUCUCUCUCUCUCUCUCUCUCUCUCUCUCUCUCAUCACUGUCUGUUCGAGGCUCAGAGCAGGAGAGAACUAGACUGGAAGAGGGUGAAACUGAAACGUCUCUACAUCUCAAGAAGAAUCAGACGAGAUCAGAUCAUGAGAGCCACCUUUGGACAGUUAAAAGGAACUCGAAAUUCUCCAAAUUAUAUUCUCCCACAGUUAUAUAUAUUGGAAGAAACGGAAGGAGGGGAGGGAGGUUCAGUGUGGAAUGGGAAUGUGAAGAAGAGGAAGGAGAUGACAUGGUGUAAUGACUGUGACGAUGACAGAGCUGUUGUUGAUCAUCAAAGCUCUUCGCCGUCACCCACAGCGGUUCUCCUCCCUCCUGACAAUCACGAUGAUCAAACCUUCUUCACCAUCUGUCCUUCAUGUGGCCACCGGAUCUCAUCUCAAGAACAGGGGGGAGGAAUUCAUGAGUUGCCAGGUUUACCGGCCGGAGUGAAGUUUGAUCCGACCGACCAGGAGCUGCUCGAGCAUCUGGAGGGGAAGGUGCGUGCUGAUAUUCAAAAGCUUCACCCUCUCAUUGAUGAAUUCAUCCCUACCCUUGAUGGGGAGAAUGGGAUAUGUUACACUCACCCAGAGAAGCUACCAGGAGUAAACAAAGAUGGACUAAUUCGUCAUUUCUUUCAUCGACCUUCAAAAGCAUACACAACGGGGACUCGAAAGAGGAGGAAGGUGCACACAGAUGCCAAUGGUGGCGAGACACGAUGGCACAAAACAGGCAAGACCAGGCCAGUUUUUGUGGGUGGCAGGGUGAACGGGUACAAGAAGAUACUUGUACUCUACACCAACUAUGGAAAACAAAGAAAACCUGAGAAGACAAAUUGGGUGAUGCACCAAUACCACCUUGGGAAUAAUGAAGAGGAGAAGGAUGGAGAAUUAGUGGUGUCCAAAGUGUUCUAUCAAACACAACCUAGGCAAUGUGGUUCAGUUGUGAAGGAUUCUCUUCCUAUUCAAAAUGAGCAUGAUAGUUCUAAUAGUUUAAGGGACACAUCAAACCUAGUUGAAUACUAUAGUCCCUCACUAAUCUCCUAUGAUCAAGGCAAUCAUGCUAGAGCAAGCCCUCCUCAGCUAAUGCCAAAUUUCAUGGUCCAUGCUGAUGGGUCUCCAUUUCUUCAUUAAAGGGUCUCUCAAAUUGCUAACAACCAAAACAGAAGGUAAUUAUACAGGUGAAAUCAGAGGUGGUACUUGUGUAUUAGUGAAAAUAAAUUAUUCCAUUGAUAUUUUUAUGAUGACCAAAAAUAGGAGGGAAGUAAUAAAAAAGAAGUGUGUUCUAAGGAGUUUCAUGAGUUAUUGAAGAGAAAAAUAUAAGAGGAAGGAAAUGAAGUUUUAUGUUGGUAA